AUGUCACUCACUCUCAAAAUCUCCUCGCUAGUCAUCCGUACCCUCUCCAAACCCAUCGCCAAUCAAAUCAAAGCCCAAGCACGCGAACAUGAGCGCUUCCGAAACAUCUGCGUCUCAAUGGCCCAAGCUCUCCACCGCUUCGACAUGCGACUUCGUCUAGGCUCCAUCCGCGACACCACCGCCUCCAGAAAACAAGCCGCCGCCGAAGCCGAAGCCAAGAAACACCUCGCCAAAAACCCAACAGUUAAGACCGAAGCCGCCACAAAAGCCGAGCAAGACGCACUAGACAAGGCCAAAGCAGCGGCCGAAGAGGCCGCCAAACCCCACCACUACCGAAUCCGACCCCUCUCCGAGUCCAAAGCCAUCGAGUCCGGUGCCAACUUUAUUAGCGAAAGUUUCCUGUUCCUCGUGGCGGGCGGGCUGAUCGUGUUUGAAUCCUGGCGGUCGCGGAAUAAAGAGAGUACGCGCCGCGAAGGCGUUGAAGAUCGCCUUAAUGCGCUGGAGAAAAAACUCUCCCUGUACGAAGAAAAACACGGAAAACUGGAUGUCCCGGAUGAUAUGCCAAAGCCUCGGACUGAAGAUAGCUUGUGGACCCGACUUACGUCGUACAUUUCUUUCGGUCAGGAACCGAAAAUCUCCCAGCAAACACCCGCCACCGUGGCGAAGCCCGAGACGGCUGAGUCUAAGACUGAGGUCUCGAAAUCGGCAGCGCCUUCUACUGCCUCGUCUACUAUCUCUGCCCAGAACUAA